AUGAAUGAAUUAUUAUCUCAGCUCCACAAAGAAAGAAUGGAUAGAACCGAGAAAUUCAGGAGCAUAAUUAAAAAUGGUAUAGUAUUUUCUCUUUGAUGGCCCUGUAAGGGCAGGCUUUUUUAGCCGGAAUUUCUGAGAUUGGUCGGACCAACGCACAAAGUUGGUCGGACCAACUCGCUUGUUGGUCAAACCAAAUCAGGAAUUCCAGCUAAAAAUGCCUGCCCUUACAGGGCUAUUCAAGGGAAUUAAUUAUAUCUUGAUUCAGCAGAGAGGUGAUGCAGACUCAAUAAUAUAUUUAAAUUAUAUUGGAAAGAUUUUGUCAGCCCAGAAAUGAAUAGCAAUGCUAGGUAAGCAAUUCCGUGCAAAGCCUCACAAUAGUCUGAGUUCAGAGCUGGAUUUUACUUGAAAGAGAGGCUUGGAGUUAGAAAUGAAUAACUCAUCAUGGCAUCUUGGCCAUUCAACUAUACUCCUUUUUGCAGCAAGCCUACCAGUAAGUCUAAGUCCAUUUUCAGGAAAACAUGCCAGGCUCGAGAACUCGAAGAGCAGCCAUCAAAAUCCAACCUCCCAAAGCUGAGGGACAUCCAGGAAAAUACUGGAGACAGAAGGUGCAAGGUGGGCAUAGAUCACAAGCAGAGAUGCAAGCCAUGGUAUUGGACGUUAAACUUUAUUGAUAAAUUAAAUUAAUUUGGAAAUUCAGGAACAUUGUAAUCGAUAAUCACAUAUUCGAAAUAUUAGAAAAACCAGGCGCUGCAGUUGGUUCGAAGCUAUGGAUCGGAGGAGAAGAAUUAAGCAUUUUUCUGCAUAGGAAUCCUGAACUUAUUCAAGGAAAAUCAAUUCUUGAGCUUGGAGCUGGGGUAGGGUUAGUUAGUAUUGUAUGCAGUCUUUUUUCAGAUAGAGUAAUUUGUAGUGACAAAGGAGAAGUUCUAGAAAUUGCGAGAGAAAACAUCAGAAGAAACAGAAAUUCUGCACAAGUUUUAGAAUACGGAUGGAGCGAAAAUUCUGUUGGGAUUUUUGAUGUUAUUGUAGGAAGUGAUAUAGUGUAUUAUGAUCAUGAUUUUGUGCCUUUAUAUCAGGCAUUGAUGGCGAAUUCUAGAGUUGGGACGAUAUUUAUUUUAUCAUAUAGAGAUAGGCUUUAUUCAAUGCUGGAUUUUUUCCCUUUGUUGAAAAAUGACUUUGUUGUAAGGGAAGAAAGGAAGAUUACAAAUGAAAGCUAUGUCUAUAUUUAUGAGAGGGUAGGUAGAGAAACAUAA